AUGACAGCUCAAUGCCUGGAUGACCAGGAUAACGCAGUGUACCGCAAGACAAUGAGGAGGCAGAUAGAUCUACCGGAAACAGCUGACACUACAAAUGUCGACUGCGUCAUGUCGGAAGAUGGAAUCCUGACCGUCUCAAUGCCGUUCCAUCUCCCAAAAACCGUUCAAUCACCGGUGCCGCCCAACCCUGCUCUCAUCCCCAUAGUUACCGAUGACGACAACAGGAGGUACAUCCGGUUGGAGAUUCCGAUCGGACCUGACUUCACCAUUGAUGACGUCAAGGUCAGCAGCGAAGGUCACUCAUUGGUGGUAAGGGCGUGGUACGAAGCCGAGAUAGGUCUGGAAGGGGCUCAAGUGACUCGCAGGGAGCUAAAAAAAGAAUUUCGCAUUCCGGAAAGCAUCCAGGUUGAAUCAAUCAGGUACGAUUUGACGGAGAGUGGAGUGCUACAGAUUGAAAUUUUGCUGGCGGAGUUAGAGGAACCGUACGUUUGUUACGUCGAGACGGAUGAUUUGAAUGCCUGCUUUUGA